CUUGUGAGCCUUGAGCCAUGGUCGGAGAUGGCGCGCACCUUGACGCACUCACCCGACGUAUGCGCUUGGCGACACCUGCCGCCAUUGCGGGCAGAGUUGUGAGGCACUGAUGCUCAGCACGCGGCAGGCGGAGUUGCUAAUGGAGAAGCUUCGCUCGGCAGAGGCCGCCCUGGAUGAUGAGCGCCAGCUGAGCACUCGAGAGCGGGAGGUGCUGGCUGAGCGCUUGCGCUUUGCGGAGGCGGAAGAUGAGGCCGCGCGCGAGCGCCUGGCCCGCGCCUUGUCUUCGCUCCGCAGCCGGGGGAGGGAAGGCACGGAGGAGGCGGCGGCACAGCAGAGCUUCAUGGAGGACCGCUUUCAGAGGUUGCAUGAAGAGUGCAGUCACUUCCAGGUGGCGUAUUCCGGCUCUGAGCAGCGGUUGCAAGCGGUUGAGCAUGCGCAAGAGGAGGCGGAGAAGGCUCGAAGCGUUGCUGAGCACGAGGUGGCCAGCCUGUUGUUCGUGCAGCGGGAGCAGAACGCCCAACUGGCCUUGGUGGGCGCGGAGAGACAGAGGCUGACGCAGGAGCUGGCGCAGCUGCAAGGAGUUCCUUCGGAGAGUGAGCGGAAGCUCCGGGAGGAGCUGAGGGAGCUGAGUGAGCGUGCCUCCCACUGGCGCUCCAAAGCUGAAGCGGAGACGGAGGAGAAGGAGAAAGUCGCAAAAGCGCUGACUGCCGCACGGAAAGAGCAGGAUGAACGCGUGGGCCAGCUCAGCGACGAGAUGUCUGCCCUUCGCCAGGUGGAUCGUGGCCGUCAACAGGCACUGGACAGGCCGCCGACAUUUCGCGAGGAGGUCCCCGGUUCGGCAGUGCGGGAACCCGUGAGUUCGCUGGACAGGAGUGAUGAGGGCUGGCGGCGCGCCUCGCCACAUGCUCGGCGAGCGCAGGAUCUGCGUCAGGAGAUGACGAGCUGGCUGAAGGGUGAGAGCACUGAGACCCCUCAGUGGCGGAGGGCGAUGUCUCCCCGGAGUGAGCUGGCCAGGUCGCAGUCACCGAAAUUGGCUGCCUCAACUCGCGCCCACGAGGAGAGCGCCCUCUCGAUGCUGGAGUUGCGGUGCCAGGAGCUGCAGUCGCGGCUUGAGCGGGCACUGUUGGAUGGUGCUGCCUCCAGGCAGAGAGCCUUGGAGCUCGAGCUGCAGCUGGAGUGCGAGAUGGGGGAUUCACGCGCUCGCAUGCUGGCAAAAGCACCUGAGCCUGUGGAGUAGGGCCCCGAGCUUGCGAACCCAAAAAGCGGGUCCC